GAAUGGGGGUCCGGCCGGGCCGGGGCAGGGGACGGAUACGUGGAGGGACUGGAGAGGGUAGCAACCGAGGAGGCUCCGAGCGCUCCCACCCUCGGGCAUGCAAGUCAGGGUCCAGGCGGAGAAAGGGGCGCGAGGACGGGAGGGGGCGCGGGGCUCAGAGGCUCUCAGCCCGCGCCGGCGGGCUAUCCCUCAACCCCCACCCCAGGAGGGAAGGACGGUACGGGACAGGACAGGCGAGGCGGGGCCGCCCUUCCCUUCCCGGCCACAGCCCCACGGAGACUCCUCCACUCGACUUUACCCCGAGAGCUCCAGGAACCUGGGGCAGUGUGGGGCCGGGGGAGUUCGCAGGCCGCGUAUACUGACCCAGUCCCCUGGACCCAGACCCCGCAGCUCACCUGCCGGACUCCGAGCCGUGGCCCCGGACAGGAAGUGUCCCCAGCUUUCGAGCCCCGCCCCCGCGCCUGUGGACGCCCCGCCCCCCCGACGCUUUCUCUAGGACGCUCUAGGAAGCCGGGACGACUGUGAUCCUCGCGCCUCGCCAGAAACACCUGGAGUGACUGCCAGGCCUGAAUCAACUUGAAGCUUGAAAAGUUCAAAAGAAGACUUGCUGAAGACUGAAGAUCUCUCCAUCUCACCAACUCCACCUUUUCCCUCUUGCAGUCAGAGGACAUUGAUCUCCACCAAGAAGGAGAGAGUUCCAUACUAAUGGGCUUUGGGACUGGGGUUAUAUUAAAAAAAAAAAAAAAUAUA